AUGGAGAGGACAGGCAUUUUGAUGCUGCCCUGGCCAGUGAUGAUGUUGACUAACACGGACGAAGGAAUGGAUCUGUCCGACACGAAGACCAGCCUGAGUUCCCGAGUCAAUGGGCGUGUGGUGCCGAAGAAAGUGUCCUGUCCAUAUGGCUAUCACAUUGACCUGGACUUUGUGAGGUAUUGCGAAGCCCUAUCGAGCGGAGCUUAUCUCAAGCAAUUACGCAAGAUAAAGAAGUACAAACGGAAACAGCGCCGUUCCCUCGAGGUCAUGCUUGGCCAUGUUCCAGACUCUCCAAGCCAUGAGGCCGUCCAAAGGAAAUUCAGUCUUCCUGAUAUGACAAUCCCAAAAUGGACCCCUUCUUUGGUUCCCAAGCACCCUCCUCCUGAUAUCUUGAGCACUCCAGAGGUCCUUCAAGAUGCCCUCAAGGAUGCCAUGCUGGACUUUGAAGAGACCUAUGAACGUUCCCAGCAGAGCAGUCGAGAGAAUUCUCUCAAUCGCUCCAAGGCUGUUCCCCCCUCUUUGGAUCUGCUGUCUUCAACCCACCCACAAACAGAGAAAGGAAGGUUGGGACUAUUGGGCUCCAACACAUCGCUAGACAGCAUCACAUCACCCUCUGAUGAUGAAAAGGCAAUUAAAGAGCUAGGAGAGAGAAAUUCCAAUAAAAUCCCUGACUCAGAUGUUGAUGGUGAAAUUGAUCGGGCAAGUGUGGUAUCUUUUGCUUCAUCUGGUGUGAGUCAAGGAAUGCUCCAGGGGAUUCGGGAGCAGAUGGCAAACAGUCUAAGAAGAACCAAAGAAUUAGAGGAGCAAGUGAAAUCAAUCCCAGUACUCCACGUCCAGUUGUCUGUCUUGAGGGAGGAGAGACGUCAACUCUUCCUUCAACUUCAGAAACUAAAGAAGCAUCAAAGUUGGUUCCCAGGUGAGCAGAAGGAGAAGAAGAAGUUGGAGAAGACCGAGGUAAAGCCAUGUGAGAAAGAGUCAUUGUCUCUGGAAAGGAUGGGUUCCUUACGAAGAAAACAGAAGGAGGAUGGAAAAGGACUGAGGGAUGUGGGGACAACAUGCAGUGUGUUGACCCGUGACGUUGGGGUGUCUCAUGUGGGUCCAUCGGUGAAGACACGAGGGACGCUCACUCUUGGCCUCCCUCAAGGGCAAGAACCUGAGAAAAAGAGAGAAGUGAAGAGCAAGCCAUGUCUCAAGUGUUUCCAGAGAUCCCAGGUGAAGAUGAUGUCUGUCGAAACCAUGACUGAUGAAGAGAAACCUAAGCAGUCUCGUUAUGAGACACUCAUCAGACAACUCAGUGAGAGCUCCACAGUCACACGAAUGAAUCAGACUCAGGACCAUCCCCCUCCCAUCGCAGUUGACAACUCCACCAACACUGUAGCAGUACGGACAAGGACAAGGAGUACAAACACAUUGGAAGACAUCUUGAGCGUCCAAGAGCAUGAAGCUCUGAUCCGCGAGAGUGCUGAUAGACUGGCAGAGGAAUUUGCUCUCCUCAAGAGGUCUCAGGUGAAGGAGACUCGUGUCGUGGGAGUCCAGACCAUAUACACGGAAGAAGAGACCAAACCGUUCUUUUCCAGUCGGGGCCUGCAGACAGAUCUCACUGGAGAUGCUAUCAGUAGCUUGGAACACGAUGUGGAAUCUAUGUCAUGUCUCCUUGAUAAGAAAACCUUAGAUCAGAAUUCUUGUGAGGAAGUGAGAACUGAUGACUUUGGGGUUCAGGUAUGCAUGGAAGCCAGCUGGGAAAACAUGCCUUUAAGAAGAAGCAUUGGAACAGGAGAAGAAUCCAUUUACACUCUUCCCCCCUGUCCCAAGUGCAUGGCUGCUAGUCUUCGCACCCGAGACAUUUCCGUUGGAACAGAAGAAAAUUCCAUGCUCCUUGUGAGACCAUCAUGCACCACAAACACAUCCUCUCAGACAGAUCCUUUGGAAGCAGUGUCAAAGAAGGAAAAAAGUGUUGAAGAGAAGGGCAUCAAUACAGAGGCAGAGUCAGGCGAGAAGGGAUUGGUGCAUGCAUGCGAUAAGUGUCAGGGGCAGAUCAAAAGUGCAGUGGAGGAUAUGUUAAAGACUAAAGGACCAGGAUCAAGUCCACAGCAACUGCCACCUGUCCCAAGUUCCCGCAUUCCAAGGCCAACAGGAGAGUCAAAGAUCCCCCAGCGUUCCCCUCACUCCAUCCGCAAGGCACCUGAAGUCCCACCAAGACUGAAGAAGAGUGGAUUCAUGCAACGUACUGCAAGCCAGCGUUCCCCAUCGGCUGAGCGGCGUUCCACUGCCGGAGUGGUCCGGUCAGCCAGUUCAGAUCGCGUUCGCCCUAACAAUGUUGGUCGUGUUCAGCGUUCUUCCAGUGCCGAAGGGCUUGGUGAGAGAUCCCAGGAUGUUGGAAAAGCGAAAGUGAGAGCAGAGAGGAGUGAAGUUCUAGGAGGAAGGGAAGCAUGUGGCAUUGUAAACAAGGCAUUUGAAGAUUUGACCUCUGGGAAAUCCUUGCAGUGGAUUGAUGUGUCAUGUGUUGAUGACAGCGUGGUGCAUGUUGGGAGCAGGGAAGAGAGUGGAUCCGAGAGUGAUUCGGAGUUCGAUCCUCAUUCCCCUCGUCUCUUCAGACCCAUUCAUCCGAGUGGAGAGUUGCUCCCAAGGGGUCCCAGGAAAGAGCCUAGCAAGGAGCUCAUGGGGGCAUUGAAGGUACUGAAAGAUUCCAUGACCCGCCCUGGCAAGACGUCUUCAUCGGCACUUUCCACCCCCCUGUCUGUCAUUCAGAGGGAGUGGUUUCAGGUUGCUGGAAGAAAAGAUUCAGACCCUCACUCAGUUGAGGACUACAUGGAUGUGUUUGAAGAGGUGUCUCAUGAAGUCUUGCGACGUAUUGUUAACCUCAUUGAUCCCAGUGGAAACACUGUCAUGCACUAUGCAGUAUCUUAUGGGAACUUUGACCUUGUCUCAGUGCUCCUUGACUCCAAAGUUUGUGAUGUGAAUAUUCAGAACAAGGCUGGGUACACCUGUCUCAUGUUGGUUGCACUUGCACGCCUAGACUCUGAUGCUCACGGCCAUGUGGUUCGUCGUCUCUUUAGUCUUGGGGAUGUCAACAUCAAAGCCAGCCAGCAUGGGCAAACAGCCCUAAUGCUGGCAGUGAGUCAUGGUCGCCUGGAUAUGGUUCGAUUGCUCAUUGAUGCUGGAGCAGAUUUGAACAUCCAAGAUGCUGAUGGGAGCACUGCACUAAUGUGUGCCUCUGAACAUGGACACUUGGACAUCGUGCGUUACAUCCUGGCACAGCCGGACUGUGACGCAUCCAUGGUUGACAGUGAUGGAAGCACAGCCCUUCAGAUAGCAAUGGAUGCAGGCCACAAGGACAUUGGGGUCCUCUUAUAUGCCCACAUGAACUUCUCUCGAGGAAACUCGCCAUAUUCUUCUCUGCGAAUGAGGCGGUCAAGAGGAGGCCAGAUUCCAGGAAGGAGUGCCAUCACACCACCUCCAAGGACUCCACCCCCUGCAAGCCCUUCCCCAUCACGAAAAUCCACUAACACCACCAGGGAUGGAGAAUGGGGAAUCUUUGUCCUGACUGUCAUCAUCAUCAUCAUCUUCCAAUAUCACUUCCAGAUACACCACUUUUGCAUUGAAGCGACUGAAGGAGUUAUCCAGGCACAAGCCAUAAGAUACAAGAUGAAAGGGGAUUUAAAUCUCACCCCUGAACAGAAAGAGGAACAUGUUAGAGAACUGAGGGAAAAAUAUGAGGAACAGAUGAAAAAAAAACCCCUCAGGGCACCCUUGCUCCAGUUGCUGAUGAAUCCCCCUCGGGAAUCCAUUGGAGUGGACACAAGAUUUGCAAUCUUUCGCCUUCUUGACAUCAACAAGUACGACUACUAUGACACCCCAGAUGGCCAUGACUUGAUGGAGAAGCUCAAAUUCUGCUCGAGAUACUCCUUUGCUGCUGGUGCAACAGCUGGGAUGUACAAUGCACUGAUGUAUGCUCGUCCCAAAACACGUUUUGAGGGUCUGCUUGCAUUUACACGAGGCUUCAUCCCUUUUGCUGCUAUUGGCCCACUGUAUGCCUCCACUGUUUAUGUCUCUACCAAUAUGAGGGAGAAGGAUGACCAGUGGAAUCACUUCUUUGGGGGUCUCAGCAUUGGUGCUCUAUACACAGCAAAAUUGAAGCUGCCAUUUUCAGGUGCAGUCAUCGGUCUCCUGUUAGGGUUCGUUGCAGCACUUCAAAAGGAUAUGAAGAUGCAUGGAGGUUUCUUGGUCCUCCCCAACACGCAUUUCAGGCCUGAAGUUGCUGUGUUUGGUUCUACCAUGGACUACUCGACAAAACCCUCGUUUGAUGAGGAACGUGGCAAAGACCGUACUUGGAGUGACAUCCAGUGAUCUGUCUUCUGUUGCUUUCCUCUAGUCUUGUAGUAAUUAUUCUUUUUCCUGAUGUAAGUUAGAGGAAUACUCCACUCUGAUAGCAAGAGAGGCAAAACAGAGGGGACUUGACAUGAGAUAGCUGGGUCUCACUUAGCUCAACUACAGUCAUCCAAGCCCCUGUAAGCAAGAAAAGAGGAGACCUCAAUUGAACUGUAAGAUCACUGCACUAAUCUACCACCUUGCUCUCAUUCCUUCUUAACCCUUUUCCUGGCCGGGAUAUCAGAACACUUUGAGGAUGUCAAUGUAAAACUACACUGACACUAGGGAAAGGGUUAAUGCACUUUGAAGGAGGGAGAACUUCUGGCAGCUCUGUAUCAGUGUGCCAUUAUUGUACUCCAUGCUAACUCUUGAAUUCCUCCUUUCAUUUGAUUUUUUUUGCAUCCACUUUGAACAUCUGUAAUGCUUCAGUAUAUUAUUUGAAUACUGUUAAUUCUUCAUCUUGUCUACUUCUGUUCAGUGAUGUUUCAUUUGAUGGUCCACCUUGUAAUGUGGCACUCAUCUUUGAUCCUGUAUUGAUUCCAGCAUUGGAUUAGUGAACAAAAUAAUUGACAGACCUGCAUUUUCAGACAUCCUUACUCUUCUAUGCUCAUGGGCCAUUCUGAUUGGGGAUUUAACUAGAAAUUUUAAAAUGUGGAAACUGAUUCAAUAAGGACCCAACUGAGUUUGGGGAGUGCUAAGGUGAGCCUGGCUUUUGGGAAGAGUGCAUUAGGGACUUUAUGCCUUACACGGUUGGCUUCUAAUGAUGCACUCUUUCUUUCAUUUUGUGUUCCUUCCCACCUUUGUUGUGCCCCUGAUAGACUGAAGUAUUCACAAACAUGAAUGUGAUGAGAGGUUCCUUUUUCCUCUCCAUUUCAAACAAACAGUUUGAAACUGCUUCCAUCAAAGUGCAUGGAGCGAAUGAUGGUUUUCUGCAGGAGUACAAAGUUUUCCAAUGGCAACAAUUUUUAUUUUCAUAAAUUUACUGCCAUGCAGGGUAAAUUCAUUCACACUCACACUGGGGUAUCUGUCAUGUUGAUGUGCCCAAAAGCAUAGAAUCAAAGCAUAAUUGGAGGAUGAAUUGAUGGACAAUGAUCACAGAAGAAAUGCAGUGAGUAAGGAGGUAGCUUGGCACUGAUUCACACGUGUU